UCCCCACCCUUCACCAGGUUCUCAGCACUUCUCAUGUUAAAACACAUUCAGGGUUUUUUUUCUCUUUCUUUUCUUUUUCCUGAGACUAACCAAUCCACUUCGGCUUGAGACAUACCUCAUCUAUACUGGUACAACACAGGAUAAGAAUAAUAAGAGACACCGCAUGAUGAUUUUCUCUUAAGUAAGUAACUUUUUAGAAAUGGCAUAGACUCGAAUGUCAUACUCAAUGUUACUGAAGUAGGUGCUGAAGUGUUUGCAGACAGGUGGCAAAGGCUGUACGGCGUUUUGAGGAAUCCAAAUCAACACCGUGAUGGAAUCCAAUUUUUCACUGCUGUCCUCCUCAAAGGGAGAGUUCAAGGCAGAAGAUUACAUACAGCCGCAUUACAAGGAAGCGUAUCGGUUAGCCAUCGACUGCCUAGUCAAAGAGGGAGAAGUUUCUUAUCAAAAUUUCAUCAAAGAGGAAGGCAUAUGCAGUUUCCUCUCUGAGGAGGAAAUCAACCAUAUUACACAGAGCGCUGUACAGCCGCCCACAAGCAGCCAAGAGGAAGUAGACUGUCCACAGGAUGACACUUCCUCCACGGGUACGUACUGGCCCACUCACUCUGACACUGAUCCACCAAACCUGGAGUUAGGCUGGCCAGAAGUUCUGCACCGAAGGCUCGAGACCAGCAUAGACCUGCUCUUCCACCCACCGAGGCAAAACAGCCCCACUAUCAAGGAAGUGAUCCGCAAACAAAUACAGGAUGCCAGGCAGGUCAUAGCAAUCGCAAUGGAUGUUUUCACCGAUGUGGACAUCUUUAAAGAAUUGGUAGACGCCUCAGUCAGGGGUGUUCCUGUCUACAUUCUCCUCGACCAUAAACACUUCAAAAGCUUUCUCACUAUGAUAGAAAAACAAGAAAUCCAACUCCAAAAACUCAGGAAUAUGAGGAUACGUACAGUGAAAGGCCAAGAAUACUGUUGCAGAUCUGGAGUAAAGUUUCACGGAGCAAUGGAGCAGAAAUUUCUUCUUAUUGACUGCCAAAAAGUGUUUUUUGGAUCAUACAGCUUCAUGUGGUCCUACGAGAAGAUCAACCUCAGCAUGGUUCAGGUUAUAACAGGCCAAUUAGUGGAGACUUACGAUGAGGAAUUCCGGACAUUGUACGCUCGAUCGACAAUCCCAGAUCCGUUUAAGACUGCCAGCAUGAACCAGUGUGAGAUGAAGCCCAAUGGCAAAAUGGACGGCUAUUUGAUUAAUUCCACCAACCCCUUUGAAAGGAAAGAUCAUUUAAGGCACACACUUGACAUUGUUUACCGGCAAGCCUGUGAAAGGAGAUCAGGAUUUUCUGCAUUGAGAGAGGUUGAUGAAAGGCCGCUUGUUACACCACAUGCUCGAUUCCUUCAAGACACAUCAGAGUUUUACAAAAGACACAGCUACGCAGGUGAACGCCAGGAGCCUGUAUAUCUGUCGAAAUUGUCCAAGUUUGGCUCUAGUAAUUGGAAUGUGGCAGCAGAGAACAGCCGAUACGGUGGUUUCUCCAACAAUGUGGAAAACCAGUAUGAAAGUUACGUCACCAAUCCAAUGUUCAGAGGCUCAAACGUGCGCCAAUCAUACCAUGGCCACGACAAACAAAUUCUCAACAUGAGGCAAAACCUGCCCAGUUUAGCAAGUACUUCUAAGUCUUUCCUUCGGACAUGGAGGAUAGAGUCUUACCUCAAUAACGAAAAUGAUGCACCUUAUGGAGAGAACUACGAUUAUCUAGACCAAUACGAGGAGAAUAAAUUGGCUCCUCCGCAACACUCUCGCCUCAGGUCAUCGGUUGUUUUCACGUCCACCAUACCGGAACAACCAGAGACGAACAGCUACUCCAAUAAUUCAGCGUCCUCCAAUCACGAUCCAGCACGAAUUCAGUCAAAUGCUCAGAUAUAUUCUUCAACACAGUGGAAUCAGACAGCACAGCAUGAUGACUUCAUGCUAAAGAGGCGCAGUUUACAGAUUUUAGAAAACUCAGGGAGUAACACGUCAUAUAGCUCUGGAAGGGAUGCAAUAUAUGCAAGUUUAAACCGAGCCAAAAGUAGAUUUGGAAACAAGGAGCAUGACUACAUGCAGGAGGACCGAUACAAGAGGCACAGUGUGGCUGAUCCCAGGUGCAAUAAAUAUAACGGUGACAUGAACGGGCCUUCCAGUUACAUGUACGGUGACAUGAACGGGCCUUCCAAUUACGCGUACGCAUCUUUACCUAGAAGACAGAGAAACUGCAAUGUGUCUGCAAACGAGAAUCCCAGAAAUGGAGCGUACACUCCGAAUUUCAAAGAGGACCAGAGGUCCGUCUCACAUCAUGAUUUCAAAAAGGCAGAUGAGAGCACAACUACCUCAGGAAACAUAUGGCAAGAGCCUCCUUCAAGAACUGUGUCAGCAACGCUUCUGGACCAAGAGGACAGUCAGCCUUCAAAAUCAAACAGCGAAUCAUCACAACGCUUCUUGAAAAGGAGCACCAAGAAAAUAAAAUCUCUUCUUAACAUCCCUCAGAAGGGGGACAGCUCACCAAAAGGAAAGAAUGCACAAAGUCUCAAAAUGGGAAGCAGCACGGAUACCAUUCUCUCGGAUUAUGAUGACAAGAAACACCAUGGCAGCACUGCCAAUUCCACCAAGUCCGUUGAGAGCAGCCGACUGAAGCGAGCUAAUGGGAAGAUCCCUGGAGCUGAGAAUCACUCUCUCGGCCUGGCGGGAGAAACAUCUGCGCCUCGUUUUAGCACUGAAGAGCUGCAUCCGUCUCACCCACCUGCGAGUGCAGAGACUUCCAAAACACAGGAACAAUCCUCGGUUAUUGCUCAGAAAGAGAAGACAGACUCAAUACUAACAAGAUCAGAUCUGUUGCCGAAGCAACAAGUAUCAGCAAACAGGCUGUAUAGCAGAUUUGAGCCGCUUUGCUCAUUUGAUACCACGCGUCCCACAGCAGGCCAGCCUGCCUAUGUGUCUGCACAGAGCCACGUAAAUGAGAAAACAAGGAAUGCUGUCUUUCUAAGAAGACAACCAAUGAAUGACCAUAACACUUAUACAAACCAGCAGACACAGGGACAAGACAACAGAUUUGGCCGUUUCAUGCAAAGGGUUGGAAAUUUAAUACACAAGAAUAAGUACUGAAAUGAGCUGAGAUGUGCCUUUUCUGCACCACAAGACUGACCAAAUGGAUUUGCAAUAAUUGCACAAAUAAUUGUUUUCAAACAGUUUUCUCAAGCACUACCAUCCGCCUUCCGCUGGUCAGACUAACAUAUAGUUCUGCCUCCAACUUAUGCCAUUGAUUGAGCCAAGCUUGUUAUGUCAGACUGGUCGGGAUGCUCGUGCUUGAAUGGUUUGUGUACUGUAAAUUGUCUCUGCAUAUUUAACUCGAAUGGGAGAAAGUAUUUUCAGAUCCAAAACAUUAGACACUUUGGCUUUUAAAAAGUAGAACAGUGCUGUUUACUUGAAUGCAUUAUUGCUAAUGCCAGUGUUGAAGGUUUGCAAUAUAACUGGUGGAAAAUGCUGCAAGAACUAUUACACUGUUUCUUUGUAGUAGUAUUGUUUAAUAAUAAUAUUUGUAAAUUUAAAAAAAUGUCUUGAGUGGGGAUAUGGGCAGAUUGGCUUUAUAAUCUCUUUCACUUGAUUGAAUGCAAUUAUAAAACAUUAACUGAGGAUGAAACGUCUAAUGUGGUCUGAUUAAAAGCUUUAGUAAACCAUCCAUACAACCUUAAAUUGCACUUCAGUCUGUACAGAAGCUCUCCCAAAAUAACCCUGAUUGUCGUUGUUAAAUUGACAUUAAAAAAGCUGGAACAAAUGCAAGAUAAAUAAAUGCUGGUUUGUGGGUAACUGGUGCUUAGGUAUCUUUAAGGGUGACUAACCAUACUGGCAUAUACUGCACUGGCUUUGCACUAUAGGUCAUGAUUUUGUUUGUCUUUGUAUUGUGUUAUGAUCGAACCAAAACUGUUUUGUAUUUAAUAGAUGUUCAUUAAUGGCUCUAAUUUCACAAAGUGCACAUGUAUAGUAAAGUAUAUCAAGGACAAACAAUAUCAAAAUGCUAUUCUCUUACAAUGUCAGGUCCAUUUUUUUUUUUUUUUUAAAUAGCUGUUACUUGUAACCUAACAGGGUACUAAAUAAAUGAAUGGACAUGAAAUUGAUUUGACUUGAAACUGUUUUAUGAUGUGAGAAGAAAGAGGCCAUGAAGUGCUACAAAAGAGUAUUUUUAUAUGAAAUACAGCCAUUUUACUACAAGAGGAUAAACAUGUCUUACCUAUUUGAGUUGACCGACAACAAGUAAAAUUAAAACAGCUUCAAUCAA